GCAUCGUUUUGGGCGUGGUUCUGAAGACAUUUGUCCCCAUGUCAAACCUCACCAUAGACUACCUCGGAUUCCCUGGAGAGGUUUUCAUGCGGGUUCUUCAGAUGGUCACCAUUCCUCUAAUGGUGACAAGUGUCAUAACAGGAGUCUGUAGUAUGAGUGCUGGCUCCUCCAGAAAAAUCUCUAUCCGAGCAGCAGUAUACUUCAUCUCAACUACGCUGGUGGCCGUGACGAUAGGAUUAAUUCUGGUGCUGUUGGUGAAGCCUGGGGUUGGUCAGAAUGACCCGAUGCGUGAGCUGGAUGAAGAUGAUGAUGGAGCCUUAUCCACACUCGAGGCCUUGAUGGAUCUUUUCAGGAACAUGGUGCCCAUAAAUCUGGUUCAGGCCACCUUUCUUCAGUACAAGACUCGGAAGGUGAGGUUUGAAGUUGCUGAAACUGACGAAGAAACUGGCCAGGAAACG